UAUAUAUAUAUACAAUUGCUCUACUCCCAUCAUUUCCAUCUUCUUCGAGUGUAGAACACAUAAACAUCAACAUGGCCUUGUCCAAAUUAAACCAUUUUCAUACACUUGUACCAAUCUUUAUCUUCAUGAUCAUCAUCAUACUUUCAUCAACUAAUACAAUUGCAGAAAACUCAAACCUCUUUAGAGAAUACAUAGGAGCAGAAUUCACUAAUGUAAAAUUUUCAGAUGUACCCAUCAACCCAAAUGUUCAAUUUGACUUCAUACUUUCUUUUGCUAUAGAUUACACAACUUCUACUUCUUCCCCAACACCCACAAAUGGAAAAUUCAACAUUUUUUGGGACACCAAAAAUCUUUCUCCUACACAAGUUUUAUCCAUAAAAAACAAACACCCAAAUGUUAGAGUAGGGUUAAGCUUAGGAGGAGAUAGUAUCUUCAAUAACCCAGCUUAUUUCCAACCCAAAACUAUACAUUCAUGGGUAACAAAUGCUGUUUCUUCUUUGAAACAGAUCAUUAAACACUAUAAUCUUGAUGGAAUCGACGUCGAUUACGAGCAUUUUAAAGGUGAUCCUGAGAUGUUUGCAGAGUGCAUAGGACAGCUGAUAUCAACCCUUAAGCGAAAUGGUUUGAUUAAGUUUGCUUCGAUUGCUCCAUACGAUGAUCAAGAUGUUCAAAGUCAUUAUCAAGCUUUGUGGAAGAGAUAUGGACAUGUUAUAGACUAUGUUAAUUACCAGUUUUAUGCGUAUGAUAAUAGUACAACUGUUCCUGAGUUUAUCAGUUAUUUUGAGAAACAAACAGAGAAUUAUAAAGGUGGUAAGAUUUUGACCAGUUUUAUUAGUGAUGGAAGCAAAGGAUUAGCACCAGGAAAAGGGUUCAUUCAAGCUUGUAAAAUGCUUAAGAAAAGGCAACAACUUUAUGGGAUUUUUGUUUGGUGUGCUGAUGAAUCCAAGAGUUUGGGUUUUAGAUAUGAGCAACAAUCUCAAGAACUCCUAGCUGCUUCUUGAUUUCAGUACUCUAACGGCCCCUUUGGUUAGUGGUUAUAAAUAGUGGUAAUGGUAAUGAAAUUUAGUGUAAAUUUGUAAAAAUUUUCACAUGUCCAUAACCAUGGGAAUGAAACUUUAUCACAAAACAUGGAUUUUCCUUUAUAAAUUUUCAUUACCACCUAAUACCACCUUCCCAAGUGGUAAUGGAUAGGAAUGAGAUUUUAGGAAGAAAAUGGAUAUCUUGUGAUUAAGUAGCAUUACCAUUGGUAAUGACAUUGGAUUUCUAGUACAAAUUUACACUAUAAUACAUUACCAUUCUCACCAUUAAUUACCUCUUACCAAACAGGCCGUUUUUAACCUCUUUGAUUUUGUUGAGGUUUACCUACCUAACUAGUUACUACUCUGGGUAAAAUCCAAAUCAUCUACUCGUGUGUAACUAGUCGAUUACUAUUUGUGAUACACAGUUUGUGGGGUAGAAGAUUUGAUUCGCUUGAAUAUGGUUAAACUAGUCGAUUUUUUUUUUUAGUGAUUUUGAAGAGGUAUAAACAGUUGUAGUAUAAUAAAUGUUGAAUUAUCGACUAUUAAGAUAAUAUACUGAAUAUUUGAAUA